CCCUGGCAAACCGGUUUUGCGCAGUGGCUUAGACCUAGAGAAAGAAUCGUGACGGGUAGGAAACCAUUACACCACCACCCGGGCUGUGCUCUCUUCCUGCUGCCGCCAACCCCGCCCUUGCCUCCGGUGCACAUUAAAGAUCCCAAAUCAUGACUGACUCCAAGUACUUCACAACCAAUAAAAAAGGAGAAAUCUUUGAAUUAAAAGCCGAACUCAACAAUGAAAAGAAAGAAAAGAGGAAGGAGGCUGUGAAGAAAGUGAUUGCCGCUAUGACUGUGGGGAAGGAUGUUAGCUCUCUCUUUCCAGAUGUAGUGAACUGUAUGCAGACUGACAACCUGGAACUAAAGAAGCUCGUUUAUCUCUACUUGAUGAAUUAUGCCAAGAGUCAGCCAGACAUGGCCAUCAUGGCUGUCAACAGCUUUGUUAAGGACUGUGAAGAUCCCAACCCAUUGAUUCGGGCCUUGGCAGUCAGAACCAUGGGCUGUAUACGAGUGGACAAGAUUACAGAAUAUCUCUGUGAGCCCCUCCGCAAGUGCUUGAAGGACGAAGAUCCCUAUGUUCGGAAAACAGCAGCAGUCUGCGUGGCAAAACUCCAUGAUAUCAAUGCCCAAAUGGUGGAAGAUCAGGGAUUUUUGGAUUCUCUACGGGAUCUCAUAGCAGAUUCGAAUCCGAUGGUGGUAGCUAAUGCUGUAGCAGCGUUAUCUGAAAUAAGUGAGUCUCACCCAAACAGCAACUUACUCGAUCUAAACCCACAGAACAUUAAUAAGCUGCUGACAGCCCUGAAUGAGUGCACCGAGUGGGGCCAGAUUUUCAUUCUGGACUGCCUGUCUAAUUACAACCCUAAAGAUGACCGGGAGGCUCAGAGCAUCUGUGAGCGGGUAACUCCCCGGCUAUCCCAUGCCAACUCAGCAGUGGUGCUUUCAGCUGUAAAAGUCCUAAUGAAAUUUCUAGAGUUGUUACCCAAGGACUCUGACUACUACAAUAUGCUGCUGAAGAAGUUAGCUCCUCCACUUGUCACUUUGCUGUCUGGGGAGCCAGAAGUGCAGUAUGUCGCCCUGAGGAACAUCAAUCUAAUUGUCCAGAAAAGGCCUGAAAUCUUGAAGCAGGAAAUCAAAGUCUUCUUUGUGAAGUACAAUGAUCCCAUCUAUGUUAAACUAGAGAAGUUGGACAUCAUGAUUCGUUUGGCAUCCCAAGCCAACAUUGCUCAGGUUCUGGCAGAACUGAAGGAAUAUGCCACAGAGGUAGAUGUAGACUUUGUUCGCAAAGCUGUGCGGGCCAUUGGACGGUGUGCCAUCAAAGUGGAGCAAUCUGCAGAGCGCUGUGUAAGCACAUUGCUUGAUCUAAUCCAGACCAAAGUAAAUUAUGUGGUCCAAGAGGCAAUUGUUGUCAUCAGGGAUAUCUUCCGCAAAUACCCCAACAAGUAUGAAAGUAUCAUUGCCACUCUCUGUGAGAACUUAGACUCGCUGGAUGAGCCAGAUGCUCGAGCAGCCAUGAUUUGGAUUGUGGGAGAAUAUGCUGAAAGAAUUGACAAUGCAGAUGAGUUACUAGAGAGCUUCCUGGAGGGUUUUCAUGAUGAAAGCACCCAGGUGCAGCUCACUCUGCUUACUGCCAUAGUGAAGCUGUUUCUCAAGAAACCAUCAGAAACACAGGAGCUGGUCCAGCAGGUCUUGAGUUUGGCAACACAGGAUUCUGAUAAUCCUGACCUUCGAGACCGGGGCUAUAUUUAUUGGCGCCUUCUCUCAACCGACCCUGUCACAGCCAAAGAAGUAGUCUUGUCCGAAAAGCCACUGAUCUCUGAGGAGACAGAUCUUAUUGAGCCAACUUUGCUGGAUGAGCUCAUCUGCCACAUUGGUUCUUUGGCCUCUGUGUACCAUAAGCCUCCCAAUGCUUUUGUGGAAGGAAGUCAUGGAAUCCAUCGCAAACACUUGCCAAUUCAUCAUGGAAGCACUGAUGCGGGUGACAGCCCUGUUGGCACCACCACUGCAACCAACCUGGAACAGCCUCAGGUUAUCCCCUCUCAGGGUGACCUUCUGGGGGAUCUUUUAAACCUUGACCUUGGUCCACCAGUCAAUGUGCCACAGGUAUCCUCCAUGCAGAUGGGAGCAGUGGAUCUCUUGGGAGGAGGACUGGAUAGUCUGCUUGGCAGUGACCUUGGCGGGGGCAUUGGAGGAAGUCCGGCAGUGGGACAAUCCUUCAUCCCUUCAUCAGUGCCUGCAACCUUUGCUCCUUCACCUACUCCUGCUGUGGUCAGCAGUGGUCUGAAUGACCUAUUUGAACUUUCCACAGGGAUAGGCAUGGCACCUGGUGGAUAUGUGGCUCCUAAGGCUGUCUGGCUACCUGCAGUAAAGGCUAAAGGCUUGGAGAUUUCAGGAACAUUUACUCACCGCCAGGGGCACAUCUAUAUGGAAAUGAACUUUACCAAUAAAGCUCUACAGCAUAUGACAGACUUUGCAAUCCAAUUUAACAAGAAUAGCUUUGGUGUCAUCCCCAGCACUCCUCUGGCCAUCCAUACACCACUGAUGCCAAACCAGAGCAUUGAUGUCUCCCUUCCUCUCAACACCUUGGGCCCAGUAAUGAAGAUGGAACCUCUGAAUAACCUGCAGGUGGCUGUGAAAAACAAUAUUGAUGUCUUCUACUUCAGCUGCCUCAUCCCCCUCAAUGUGCUUUUUGUAGAAGAUGGCAAAAUGGAGCGCCAGGUCUUUCUUGCAACCUGGAAGGAUAUUCCCAAUGAAAAUGAACUUCAAUUUCAGAUUAAGGAAUGUCAUUUAAAUGCUGACACUGUUUCCAGCAAGUUGCAAAACAACAAUGUUUAUACUAUUGCCAAGAGGAAUGUGGAAGGGCAGGACAUGCUCUACCAGUCCCUGAAGCUCACUAAUGGCAUUUGGAUUUUGGCUGAGCUACGUAUCCAGCCAGGAAACCCCAAUUACACGCUGUCGCUGAAGUGUAGAGCUCCUGAAGUCUCUCAAUACAUCUAUCAGGUAUACGACAGCAUCUUGAAAAACUAAUAGACUGGUCCAGUACCCUCCAGCCACCCUGUGAUCGGUGCAAGCCCAGAACUCUUAACUGGAAGAAAUUAUGUUGCUGUGCAGAAUCUGAACCAAACACACUGAAGCCACCCACCAAGGUAGUGACUAGUCUAACCUGUGCUAACAUUAAGGCACAACCUGUUGGAUAGUUUUAGCUUCCUGUGAACAUUUGUAACCACUGCUUCAAUCACUUUGCACCUCUUGCCACCUGCUGCUGCUCUCUGUCCUUACUUGUGGGCUUCUCCAUGCUGUGCCAAUGGCUGGCUUUUCCUACACCCUGUUUUGAGUGUAGUUUGGUAUUUUGUAAUCGAGAGCUCAUUUCAAAAGCAGAAAAAGACAACAAAUAUUAAAGCACGGAAAAGUGUCACUGAAACAUAAACUGCACUUUAUUGUUUUAUAUUUUGUACAUAUGAGAAAUUGAGGGAGUGGUGUAACAGGUAGCAAGUGUUAAAAUAACUGAAUGUCAUUAACCACACAGUCCUGGAGGAAGAGAUGCAGUUACCUGCCCCACCCUGUUAGGGGUUCUCUUAUCUGUGGCAAACUUAUCCCUGGUUAUUUGGAUUUUCGCUUUUUUUUCCUCCUUUUCCUUGGCCAAGCCUUCAUGCACCCCCCCCCCCCCCGCCCCAAUAUUAUCAUCCCAUUUUACUGCUCUGCCGUUGGGAAUGUUGAUCUUCCUUGAAUGAUGUUUCAGGGUGCAGAAAAUAUAGGACCUGUCAGCACCAAAACUGAGAGGAGUUAGAACUCACUGCCUUCCUUUCCCCUGAACUAACCAAUUAAUAUCACUGAUUAAGGAGUUUGAGUAGAGGUGGGCAACAGGAACCACAGUGCCCUCCCUCUGCCCCUUCCCUGUAUUCUCAGGUCUGAUUCAGAUCUAAAAUCAUAAAGUCUUAGAGUUGAAACAGACUUUUAGUAAUAACUUAUGUAACCCUGUUUUUCUACCAAGGAGAAGGAUAAAAGGCAGAAAGGGUGUUAUUGCUGAGGCCUGUCGGCUGUGUAGUGGCAGAGCUGAGACUGGGCCUCCUAAAUCCCCAUCGGUGGGGUUUUUGCUGCAGGACUGUCUCUCAUUGUUGUUGUUCUCCUCAAUGCCUUCUGCCUCUUCUGUGCCUGCUUUGUGGCUCUUCGCAUUCUCCAUACCGAUUUUGGCACCCCAUUCAUCAGCAUCAGGUGGCAGCAGAGUAUGUUUUAGGUUUCCUGAAGGUAAAUCCAGAUGCCAGAUAAAAAGAGUAGCUGAUAUUCUCCAUAUGUUCCUGGAGCCACAGUCCUUGAGGCCAGCAAGGACUCAAGGGUGGGUGCAGAGAUGAAAUGAGCUUAGAGAUGUUGCAGAUUCUCUUUAUUCCUUCAGCUCUCUGGUCUGCUCUUUACUCACAUUACUUAGGCUCCAAGCAAAUUAAGAUCAUCCCAGAGGGUCAGGCAGUUCUUGUCAUCUCUGAAAAGACUGGGGGGUGUGAAAUCCCCUCCCUUAACACAUGGUUAUGAUAUAUCAAAGAAUGCUUCAUGUCCAAAACACCAACUGUUUAGCAGUGUUCAUGCUGUUUGAUCUGCGGGCACUUGUAGCGUUGCCUGGUACCCAGUAUUCAGGGUCCAUGACCAAGACUACUCUUCUCAGAUGCCCCUGCUCAAAUCAGAGGCACUUCAGGGUCCAGAGGCCUCAUGUUGGCCUCAGACCUAAUUCGCUGGGCUCAGGAGGAAUGGAGGAAAAGGAGCAGAAACCACUCUCCAUCCCUGUCAGUCCUGAAAAGACCCAGCUUCAUUGCAAAGCUUGGAGAGUUUGGGUCCCCCAGAGCAGUUUCUUAAACCUUGAGAAUCUCCAAGAGAAGAAUUACUGGGGUGGGGGAAAGAUCUGUCCCUUGCUCAUCACCCCUCAGGCACAUGGAGAGUAGGAAAUGGCACAGGAUUGUGGGGGGGAUGUGAGUAGGUUGGUGAUGUGUGGGUGGAAAAGCAGGUUGACAAAGUUCCCUUGUUGGGACUUAUUCAUGGAAUCAGUGGAUAUAAGUAGAUAAGAAGGCUCAUGGUGCAAAUACAGUGUUCUCACCUCAAAGCAAACUAUAGUUCCAGAAGGAAGAGGAUGUGACAGGGCAAGCAGACAGAACACAGUUUUUUUUUACCAGAAUAUGUCCCUUAAUCCCUAAAACCCGGCUUCUCACAGCCUCCCCACCAGUGAUGGAUAACAACUACUGUUCUCAGCUAACCUGACUGAGCCAAUCUGUGAACCCUUCGCUCCUCAGGGAGGCUGCCUCCCAUCGCACCCCUAAGCAGAGUUAGGGAGGGAUUCUACUUCACAUAAAAGAAACUCUCUCCUGCAGAGACAAACCUGUUGCCCCCACCACAGCUUCCCUUUUGGUCCAUUUCAAGCUGGCCAAAUUGGGGAAGUGGGGUGGAUCCACCUCUCCUCUGCCCAAGUAUGUCUUUGUAUGUCAGCCGGCAUCAUACAAAGGGCAAGGGAAGCAAACACUCCCAGAACUCUUUUGCUGGUCAGAGAUUCCCUGAGUGUCUGUCACCCAAGCCUAUUUCAUGUGUCUGUGUUGUGAAGUUUGGGACUCUGGAGAGAA